AUGGGAAACGCACAUAAACCAGGAAGGAAAGCCGGUAUGCAAAGGCAGCAAAUCAAAAAUACCGUAUGUUACCAUCGCAUUCCCAAAGGUGGAAUAAUCGAUUCAUUUCAGACAACUAUUUGUGAAGUCAGCGUUCACUCUCGUCUACGGUCUGCUGUUCAUACUCGGCCUAGUCGGAAAUGGCGGUGUGGUGUUCGCGAUGGCGAACAAUCGCCGAUUACGAUCGGCCAGGAAUAUCUUCCUGCUCAAUCUGAUCCUCACCGAUCUGUUGCUAGUGCUAACUGCCGUUCCAGUUACUCCUUGGUACGCACUCACAAAAAACUGGCAGUUCGGUUCCGCAAUGUGCCAUAUUAUGCCUCUGUCGAAUUCCUGCUCAGUAUUUGUGACCAGGUAACUUUCCCUGGAGUCUCACUGCCAUCUCUAUCGAUAAAUACCUUCACAUUAUCGAUCCGAACAAAAGCGCCGGUUUCGAAGCGGCAAGCACUGGCCAUCACUUUAUUAAUUUGGCUCCUAAGCACCUUAAUUAAUGUACCGUAUCUGCUCAGUUAUGAACUGGUCGACGGAUCUUAUUACGUGCCUAAAGACAGUACUCCUUAUUGUGGUAAAUUUUGUGACGAAACAAAUUGGCAAAGUGAAAAUUCACGCCGACUCUACGGCACAAUGGUGAUGCUGCUUCAGUUUGUCAUUCCAAUGUCCAUCAUCACUUACUGCUAUUUUCGGAUAUUACGGAAAGUCUCACAGGAUAUGAUCAUACAAAAUGUUCAGUUCUCAGCUUCACUCUCACAAAAACAACGAGUGGAUGCGAUCAGUCGAAAAAAGAAGGUUAACUAUAUUCUAAUUGGCAUGGUGGCAACGUUCAUUUGCUGUUGGUUACCGUUGACGGCAGUCAAUCUAGUCAAAGAUUACAGUAUGUUCAUAUUCAGAGUUAAUUAUUCAUUUUUUUGA